CAUUUUUUCCACAUCAAAGCUAAACAACACACCGGUUAGACUUUGAUUUUGAUUCAACUACAAAAUCAGUAUCUGCAGCAAUUUCAUAGCGUUAACGUGUGUCUCGCUUACAAAAAAAGGAAUAAAAUUCUCUAAUUUAUUAUUUUUUCAACCAAGUGUUUUUAAUAAAAAAAUAAAUCAAAAUGCCACUCGAAGUCAACACUCCAGACAAGUUGGAAUACAUUUUCUACCCAGCCACAAGUGGUUGCUUCACCUUCAAGGUUCGUUCAGCAAGUGAUGCCCAUUUGGCUCUUACAUCUGGCCCACAUGAAUCUGAUCCAAUGUUCGAGAUUUUCUUGGGUGGCUGGUCCAACUCAAAAUCGGUCAUUCGUAAGAACCGUACAAAGCCCGACGUUGUCGAAGUGAACACACCUGCAAUCUUGAAUGCUGGCGAAUUCCGUGGUUUCUGGAUCCGUUGGUACGAUAAUGUGAUCACUGUUGGAAAGGAGGGAGAGGCUGCUGCUUUCAUGUCAUGGGAAGAACCUGGAAUGGCCCCAGUUAACUAUGUAGGCAUUUGCACAGGAUGGGGUGCUACUGGUACUUGGUUGAUUGAUGAAGAUCAAUGUUCAGCUGUACCUUCAGCUCCUCCAGUAAUGGGAUUCGCAAACCCCACUGGCAGCGGUCCCGGAUGUUGGGUACCAGCUGCUGAUGGUGCAGUUCCACCAGGCGCCAUCGAAGGAGGUUUCGAUGGCUCCGAGCAAUUGUACAUUGCCCGUGCCGUCCAUGAAGGAGCUCUCAUUCCUGGAAAACUCCAUCCAUCACAUGGUGUUACCUACGUUGCAUGGGGAGGUGGUGAACAUGGACACAAUGAAUACGAAGUAUUGUGUGCCUGCGGUGGCCAAUGGGUGCCCGUUUCCGGUAGCAACAUCCCACCAAAUGCUCUUCCAGCUGGUGAAAGUGAAACCGGUGAACCAUUGUUCAUUGGACGUUGCAACCACAAUGGAGCUAUUGUUGUUGGCAAGGUGCAACCCUCUCAUGGUACAUGUUACAUUCCUUAUGGUGGAGAGGAACUGGCCUACACUGACUACGAAUUGUUUGUCCAGAACUAAGAUAGUAAAAAACUAAAUUAUAAAAAAAGGAAAAAUAGAAUAUAGCACGCAGUAAAUUAUUAAAGUUAAAACUAAAAACAUGCAAAACAGUUGGCCAAGCAUUUUUGCCAAAAUUUAUAACAUCUUAUAGUGGCUUCAUCAAAGCAAAUAGAAUCUCAUGUAGUGCCUUCUUUGAUAUUAGUAUAAUAUAAAACGUGUUCAUUUGGAGAACACAGAUUCUUCUACAUGCAGCUUUGUUUAUUUUAUUGUUAAUGAAUCUCAGAUUUUUUAAUUACAUACAUUUAAUCAUAUUUUAUUUUUGCAAAUUGUUAAAUAAAAAACCUAAAGAUGUUAUAAAACA